CACAGCCCUUCAGAAGAGGAAGAGGAAGGAGGAAGAGGAGCACGCUCACUGUUCACUCACUGAACCCGUGCGCCAGUCCCGUGCGUCCUGCUCCAUCCCCAUCUCCAUCUCCGCACACCUCUGCCGUGACGCGCCGUGACGCACCGAACCGAACCAUGGCCACGGACGAGCUCUCCUCCAAACUCAACCGGCGCCUGCUCAUCGAGGACGGUGCCGCGGAGCCGGUGGCCGUGGACCUGGCGUCGUCCGGCGGCGGGGACCAGGCGCCGGAGGACAAGCCCAGCACCGAGAGCGCGGACUCGGAGCUCGGCGCGAAGCUGCAGCGGCGCGGGGAGCUGAACGAGGGCCGCGGGGAGGUGCACAUGAGCAAAGUGUUCAACCCCUACACCGAGUUCAAGGAGUUCUCCAGAAAACAGAUCAAAGAUAUGGAGAAGAUGUUCAAAACGUUUGACGCAGGCAAAGACGACUACAUCGACAUGAUGGAGCUGAAGCUGAUGAUGGAGAAGCUCGGGGCUCCUCAGACUCACCUGGGCCUCAAGAACAUGAUGAAAGAAGUGGACGAAGACCUGGACAACAAACUGAACUUCAAAGAGUUCCUGAUGAUCUUCAGGAAGGCGGCUGCGGGGGAGCUGGCCCAGGACAGCGGUCUGGAGAUGCUGGCUCGUCUGUCUGAGAUCGACGUGUCCGCGGAGGGAGUGAAGGGAGCCAAAACCUUCUUUGAAGCCAAGGUUCAGGCCAUUAACGAGUCCAACCGGUUCGAGGCGGAGAUCCGUCAGGAGCAGGAGUCCAAGAAGCAGCAGGCCGAGGAGCAGAAGCAGAGACGGGCGGCCUUCAAGUUGAGGACGGGAUCUUCAAAGGAAACCGGGUCUUCAAGUUGA